AUGUAUGCGAGCUAUGCAAAUAAUUCGAUGCGAGAUGACUUUCUGUGGCAUCCCGAUCGAUCGAUAUCGCGUCAAACUGUCGACGUGCCCGAAACCGGUAGGAAGGCGUCGCAAUUAACCGUGACCGAAAUUAGGCAGUUUCGUGUCGUAAAGAUGAAAGAAUGGGUCUACUUUUACGAUCCGGCUCGGUACCGAAGUCAGGGAUUUCUGGAUAUGAAGGUCACAUUUCAUGAAUCUAGAAAAACCUCGCUCCUUAACUAUUACCUUCAACAAGGAACUUCCAUACUUCGAAUGUCCAUGCUCAUUUCGACUACGAGAGCUUUCGAAGAGCUUCAACAGCUUCAAGAGCUUCAAGAGAUUCAAGAACUCCAAGAGCUUCAAGAGCUUCAAGAACGUCAAGAGCUUCAAGAGUUUCAAGAGCUUCAAGAACUUCAAGAGCUUCAAGAGCUUCAAGAGCUUCAAGAACUUCAAGAGUGUCAGGAGCUUCAAGAGCUUCAGGAGCUUCAAAAGCUUUGA